UAACUUUAUUGAUAUAUAUACCUGUUUGUGCCAUAUUUUUUUUAAAUUUAAAUUUUAAAAAAAAAGGAGAAUUUCUGCUUUAUUUUUAAAUUUUCCUUCAAAGUCCACCCUCCAAUAAUUUCCUUCAAUACAAGCCUACCUUCGUUUCUCUUUCAGAUAGAAAGAAAGAAAGAAGGGAAAAAAAACACGCACGCGCGUAUACACACACAUAUACAAACACAAUUAUAUAUAUAUAUAUAGAUAUAUAGAUCUACACAUAUAUAUAUAUACACACACAAACAGUCCCUCUCCUCUCUCUCUCACUCAGUCAGUCAAUCAGUCACUCACUCACUCUCUCACUCACUCUCCCUCUCUAUUUCUCUUUAUUUCUAUAUCUUUCUCUUGCUAAUCCAUCUUGCUUGCAUUCAAAAAAAAAAAAAAAAAGAAAAGGAAAAAGAAAGAAAAAAAAUUUCUACUCACUCCUUUUUAGCCGUGAAAUAAUAUUAUUAAAUUUUGCUUUGUCGUCUCUCCUGCGAUCGUUCAUCACCACAAAACAAAAAUGGAUUCAAAGUUAGAAAAAGAUUGCAGUGCUCUGGGAGGCUUGUUUCAAGCCAUCAUAAACGACAUGAGAAGAAGUUCACCAAUCUGGGAGGAUUUUACCAAUAAGGCCACCAAACUGAAUUCGUCACUGAAAACCACACAAAUAGCAAUCAGUGCAUUUUUGGAUACGUUUCAGAAAGUUGCUGACAUGGCCACUGGAUCUAGAGGUGCCACAAGAGAAAUGGGUUCUUCUCUCACACGGCUUUGCAUGCGACAUAGGAGUAUAGAAAACAAGAUAAAAACUUUAGCAAGUACUAUAACUGAAAAUCUUGUUGCACCUUUACAAGAGAAGAUGGAAGAGUGGAAACGUAAUGUGGCACAUUUGGACAAAGAACAUGCAAAAGAAUACAAAAAAGCUAGUCAAGAAAUUAAAAAGUGUGCAGCAGAUACAAUACGGUUGCAGAAAAAAGUGAAAAAGGGAAAGUCCGAUAUUCAAAGUAGACUGGAGAGUGCUCUGCAAGACGUGAAUGAUAAAUACUUGGUACUAGAGGAGACUGAAAAGAAUGCUGUGCGGACAGCAUUGAUUGAGGAACGGAGUAGAUUUUGUAUGUUUGUUACUUGUUUUAAGCCGUUUGUGGAAUGGGAAAUAAGCCUUUUAACUGAGAUUACACAUUUAAAAGAAGUUAUGGAUAACCUAUCAAAACAAUCAAGUGAUCCUCACACUUUGCCUGCCGCAAGUGAACAAGUUAUUUUAGAUGUGAAAGGAGCUGACAGCAAUGUCUGGGCAUUCCAGACAACAAAGAAUUUGACACCACCAAGCUCCCCAAGUUCACUUGGUUCACGGAAAUCCAGUAUGUGUAGCAACAGUAGCAUAAACAGCUCAUCUGACUCUUCUGCCAAAUCCUACUCCCCAACACACCAUCACUACCGGUUCCGUAGUCCCUCGCAGGUCAGCAGUGUAAGUUUAUGCUCCAAGCAAUCUGUACAGCAGCUUCCUCUGCCUGGCUCUGUCCGUCUAACAAGCGUUUCAUCCCAAGACUCCGGCUUCACUUCACAGGAUGCCCUGUUUUUGAGAUCAACUACUCCACCAUUCCUCCACCUGAGACAGGAGAAAACCGAGGACAUUUCUGAGGAGAACCUUACUGCUGAACAAUCAUCUCAAAUCAGAAAAAAAAAACAAGUCACGACUACUGACAGCGCUAGUACCGGGGUUGACAAUCGAGGAAUUGAUUCGAAUGCAUCUACACCGUCUGAGAAUCCACCCUCUACUAGUUCCACCUGGAAUAAUUGGCCUAGCACUCCACACGUACAAAAUUCUGAUCCGCCUCGCCCGCACACUAUUUCUUCGGCUUAUGAAAAGACACACUCUCGACCUGCUCUCUCAGAUCAAGUGUUCGUGGCUCCAUCAUCGUCUAGAGACAUGCUGGAUCAAAUAGUCCAGUCACAUGACCCUGCCCAGACACAACAGGUAUCACCCUACGGUCACAUCAGGGCCGAGCGACCCAAAAGUGCUAUUGGGGGUGCCACAUCCCGGCCGACAUCUGCCACUAUAAUCAAGAUGCAACCUGUUAUGCCGCCUCUUGGACCAAAGCCCAAGAGUAAAGCAGUGCCUCCGCCCACAAUACCAGCUAUAUCCCAGGAUCGCCUCAUGAGUUUUCUCUUCCAAGGUGGUCAACAACCGACCUAUGUGAACAUGACAGACCUAGCUCAUAUGGCUGCUGAAAAGCAACGCAAGCAAGAACAGCGCAAAGAACAGCGUGAAUCCAAACUGAUGAGUAAAUCCCAAACCCAAUCUCCUUGUGAGCAGAAAGAUAGUAAAGAGCAGAAGUCACAGUCUUUGUUGGAUUUGCUCGACAUUCAGGAGGCAAUCAGGGACUUAGAAAACUGUACUGCUGCUCUACACAGCGACUACGAUGAUGACACCGACUCAGAUUCGGUUACAAGUCAAAAGGGUUCUAACCAGGCCCAGCAAAACAGUCUUGAAUUAGCCAUUAAAGAACUAGAAGCUACCACUGCUGCUCUAACGUCCCAUUACGAAGAACCGACAACUAAUGCUGUCACAACAACAAGCCGUACAUCUCUGCAAUGUUCUAGUGGAUAUGGAACAAUGAAUUCUACCCCAGCAGGUUCUGAGGAUACUAUAGCAUCUGGAGAUUCAGUAUCACUGACAGCUCAGGUUGCUAACGACCUUGAUCUAACGCCCACGGAGGGCAGCUGUGACUGCGACAAAUACUUCACCAUUCCUCGUAACAACAGCGAUAUGGUCAGUGCCUACAAGGCCGAGGUGGUAAAUAAGCGGCCUGCAUCCACGGCAGGUUUACCUGUAUCAAAACCACCAGCUUCUGGUUCCUCACGUCGUACAAGCGGUUCUAAGCCCCCGCCUCCAGUGAGAAGAUCAUCAUCUGUGUCUACUGGUUCUGUAGGACUACCUCCUGUCCUUCACAAGCUGCGUUCAUCUCCAUCGAAGCAAGGUCUGCCAGCAUCAGGUCCACAAGCACAGCAACAGCAGCCUGCGCCUCAGCAAAUGGCACCACCUCAACAAUCCCCUAUUUCUCAUCAGACGUUACUGAGACAUCCCAAACCACCAAUUCCUACUCAACAACAGCCUCCCCCGUUAUCUCCAGCAUCACCUAAAUCUGUGAAAUUGUCUCAGCCAGACCAUUCUAUGCAACAUUCUCCUGGAACAAAGCACAGAAGACACUUGAGUGGCACUGACAGCCCUCCAAAUCCUAUGAUAUUGAGAGAUGGUGACAGUGGGAUCAUCACAGGAGGUCUUGGCAUACAUCUAUCCUCGGCACGGACAAGUAAUAAUAAAGUAGUUGUUGAGUAUGCUGUUCCAGAAGUCUCCAAGCCCCUGAAAGCACCCAUCACAGCAACCAAAUCGGCAGCUUCAAGCUCGGUGUCAGCCACCCCCACAGCAGAAGGCUCCCCACAUGCAUCUGUACGAAGGUCUAGUGUUAUAGAUACUUACAGUUCUAACUACGCUGCUCUCAGGUCAGAGAGGCGUGGAGAUAAACCCACGCAGAAGGAGGACGGGGGUGGAGGAGAAGACGACGUUGAUCGUGGUUUCCCUCUUCCCCCGCCUCCGACAGAGGAGGAGUUGGCUGCCAUGGGGGUCCUUCCACAUCCUUGCAAUGCCCCUAUGACUUCGGUUCUCUCCGAGAUGAAAUCUGCACAAAGGUUGCGAAGGUUAUCUACAGAUAGUUCAGAAUGCUGAAAGACAAAAAAUAAUUGAAAGAAAAAAUACAUAAAUAUAUAUAUAUAUAUAUUAAAAAAGGGGGGGAAGCAGAAGUUUAACAAAAAAAAAACAAACAAUAAUAUUGAUAAUUCUCAGCUCUGUUCCAUGUUUUUUUUAAAUGUUUUUUUUUUUCUGAGAUACUUUUUUAUUUUUUCAAGCUAUAUACAGAUAUAAGCACUUAUACAUGUGCAUGUUUGUGUAUAUUUUUCCAUAGGAUUUUGGACAAAGUAAGGAUUGUUUGACUUGAUUCUAUAAUUGUUUAAAUUCUUUUCUCCUUCCCUGUUUUUUUUUUUUUCCUUGCACCCGAAAAAAAUUAACAAACAAAAAAAAAACAAAGAAUUCCGACCAGGUUGUAUUUUACAAAGUUAUAUUAGCUGGUCUCCGUAUGGUUUUGAGGUUGAGUUUUAACUGUUCCUCCUACCUAAAGUAAAUUGACUUGUUAAAAUUUAUUUCAUUUCUUCAAGACAGCAGUUUUACAACUGAUAUAUCGCGAAAUUGGUUUGUUUGUCUCUUUUGCAUUUAAAUUACAAUGUUUUUUUUUCUUCUAGGGAAAAAAAAAAUCAAAGAACUUCUGCAGAAGCUUUGUCUACUGGUUCCUGGUUCUUAAUGUCUGUUACUCUAGCAAAUAUUUUUCUGAAUCUUGUAAGUUUCUUUUAGGCAGAGAUAGAUAGAUAGAUGGUUGUCUGAAUUUUGCUCUUCAAAGACCACAGAAAGUGGAUGUUUUUUCUCGUGGAAUCUAUCCUAAAAAUUCUGUGGGCUUUAGCAAAAGCAAUUUUUCUUUUAAAUAGAGAAUGUUUCCUGUCUGUCCGUCUGCCUGACUUUCAAAGUUAAAAAUACAAAUAAAUAAACAAAUAUAAAAUAAACUAAAUCCUUAUUCCACAUCUACUUUUUUUCCAAAUGUGGGCCUUAAUAUUUGAAAUACUGUUUAGUGAAACCUUGGGCUAUUAUCUGUCCGUUAGAUGCUAUAAGACACAAUUCUGACUUCUGCUAAAAUUUCAAGGAUUAAAACAAAAAAAAAUUUGCUAAAUGAAAAUAAAAAUAAUUUUACCCCCAAAAACAAAAAACAAAACAAAAAAAAAUUGUUGAAAAAAAAAUUUUAAAUUUAAAUAAAUAUUGACAAAAGACACCUUUUUCUUGCAGUGUUAACUGGGUGAUUGUUUAAUUCUAUUCAGUAAGCUAGCAUGCCAAGACUAGAACUUAAAAUAACAUUUUCCCCCCAAUGAAAAAAAAAAAGGGACUGAUACAAACAUAUUUUUAAUAAGAUUUAAGAUUAUCUUUGCAAAUUCCUUGGCUUUAACUAAAAAACCAAAAUAUAGAGAAAAAAACAAGAGAAAUAACUAGAAAUAAUAUAGUUAGUCCUGUUUGUAUGUCUGAACUAUUAUUUACAGAUAUAUAUAUAAGUAGGAUACAUCUAUCUGGGUCUACAGUAUGUGUUUGGAUUUAAUUAUAUAUAUAUACCAUUAGACAUUACCAGUAAAAAGGGUUCAGUUAUGUUUGGGCUAAAGAACAUGUCAAUUGACACAUCUACAUAACUUUAUCUUCUGCUCCCGGCCCAUCUUUACUUCCCCCCACCCCCUAUCCCUUGUAAUCUAUCAGUGCAUUUUUUAAAGCCAGAAGUCUUCAUUUUGUCUCUUCGAAAAUCAACAUUGUCUGAAAUUUGUUUAGUUUUUUUUCUUCUUUUUCAUUCUCUUUCCUCAAAGAAACAAACACAAAAAAAAACAAUAUUAGUUAUUAUUCUUAGACUUGUCCUUCCUGUCGUCAUUUCUUCUGAUAACGAUGAUGAUAUUGAUGAUGAUGACAACGAUAAUUUUUCCCCACCUCCUUUCUCUUACCCUGAUAUGCUUCAUAUUUUACAGGAAGUUUUAACAAAUACUAAGGAUCUGUGUUAGUUCUGCUCUCCCAUUCAUAAUUUUCUUUAAAGGGGGAAAAAAAAAUUUUAGAAAUCUAGAUAUGGGUGUACAUUUAUAUAUUCAUAUGUGAUGUGUGAGUAUGUGAAUAUAUUCAGAUAUCUAUAAAUGUGAGCAUAUAUAUGUAUAUAUAAUAUAUAUAUAUAUGUGUGUAUAUAUAUAUAUACAUAUAUAUUUAUGUAUGUAUACUAUAUCAGUGUUACUCUUUAGCUGGGCAAGUAUCAUAGAUGGUGUGCGAUCUCAUCUGUAAUGUUGGAGUUUUUGGAAUCUUUUAACUUCAAGUGGAAUUUUAAUUAAAUAAGGCAUCUUCGACUAAUCUUCUCCACGUCCCAUCCCCCGCCCCACCCCCACAAAGUGCAAGCCUUAAUUUGUGAUAAAACAGCAGGUACCUUACUAAUUGGGCAGUGUCUUUUAUUAUUUUCUCUUCUUUCCCCUUUUUUCCACCAAACCCUGCUCCUACCUCCAGCCCCCCACCCCUUCUAGAUACCUCAUACCAUUGAUGUUCUUGUUUUCUUCCUCCUGUUGUUACUCCUCCUUCAUUCUCCCCCCCCUACAAUCUCUUUGGAUUUUAAAGAUUUAAAAGCAAUAAGCAAAAAUAUCCAUACUGUCUUCUUUUACCUUUACCCCACCCCACUACAUAAGCCCUUAUUACCCUGUCCUCCUCCCUCUUUAAAAAAAAUAUAUAUAUACUGUGUGGUCUGUCUUUUAUUAAUCCUCUUCAGAUAAUUUCCACCUACCCCCCACUACCACACCUCUCCCGCUCUCAAGUGUUACCGUUUCUCGUUUUCAUUUAACACACAUACACACACACCCCUUCUUCCCCAUAGGAUCUGUCCCCGUUGGAUAGAGGAGACUUGUAGAAAGUUACCUGUGCAGAAAUGUACAAAAUUAUACUAUAUUACUGCUAUAAUAUUACUGAUGCUGUGCUGCUGUCGUAUCCAGGAAUGUCUUCUACUGUUAUUAAAAAAAUUUUUGAAAAAAAAAAAACAGUUUAUUCAAUUUACAAGCAGUGUACAGUAAGUCUUCUGCAUGGAAAUCAUUGAAGACUUAAUUUAAAUUUUAAAAUGUUGAAAAUAUUUAGAGAAAGAAGAAAAAAAAAAUUGACUGAAUAUGUCAACAGCAAAGAUUUUUGAUGGUAUUGUUUCAAACCCACCCCCCGUUUCUCUUUUUUUUUUUUUUAAUUGUCUCCCCCUGUUUCAAAUUUUCGCUGAGGAAUGCAUGUGUCAUGUAUGGACUAUAUCACUGGAAGUUUGAAGAUUUGUACUUUCUUCAAUAUCUUGAUUCUUUGUUCCAUAUUCACUUACCGAACUUUGCAGAAUGCACUUACGGCUCCAUGAUGAAAUUGUUAUCAAGAUCAGUCUUGUUUACGAAAUAAGCUGUUACAAAAUACAAAGACUUUUUUUUUUUAUUUAUUAUUAUUGCAAUGUAUUAUCUAUAACUGAAGCUUGUUUAAGCUGGCUCUUGUCAUGUACAAAUAAUUUCACUGUUCCCAACAGAUAUGUUCCAACUACAUUGUGAUUUUUUUCUCUCUCCAAUAUUUUACAUUUCUGAUUUUCCUAAUUCCAAAUUGAUAUUAACAUUUUUUUUUUUUUCAAAUAUAUAGAUAUAUAUAUAUGGAAAAUUACAUAAACUAGAAAUUCAGUACAGAUGAGUACUUGUUUUGGGUUUUUUGAUCAUUUUAUUGUUAAAUAACAAUUUUUUUUUUUUAAUAUAUAAAUUUUAUCCAAUGAUUGAAAUGUAUUUAUGUAACAGUUGUGGAGGAGGUAUUUAGAAGCCUUUUAUUAUGCAAAUAACCUUAGAAACUGUUCUUUGCAUUUGAAUCAUGUUACAUGAAUCUUACCAUACUAUAUUAAAAACAAACUUUUGGAAGUUGAAUUCUGGAGAACAUUUGAAAUAUUUCAGUUUAUAGAUUACAGAAGGAGUUUUUAUUUUCUGAAGUUCUCCAUAAAACAGUGAAGGACAAAUAUAUUUGGGCAACAUCAAAAUAACAUUUGGUUAUUCAUAGCGAAUUAGAAUCGGUUGUUGGUGGGAUUCAGGGAAUGUAGUGGCAGCAGUUUUUUUGUUUUGUUUUGUCUUUACAAAAUGUUAAGUAAUUAAUAAUUCAUCUGUUAAGCAUGUUGUUAUGUUGUUAUUAAGGUGGCAAGCCAUCAGAAUCGUUAGUACAUUGGAAAAAAUGCUCAGUGGCAUUUCUUCCAACUCUUUAGAUUCUAAGUUCUAAUACCACUAAAGUCACCUUGUACUGGGGUCAGUGUAAUCAACUUGCUCCCUUCCUUGUGCCAACAUCUGAAUUAUUAUUUAUACAUUGUAUAAAUUCUGGCUUCCGGAAUUAAUCCAAUAUCUGACAAAGUUUUCAUUACCCUUUAAGCUUUAGGCAUUUACCACCACUCUUAGUCUGAAAUAAUGUAUUCAACUAUUUAUAUAUAUAUUGUAGAACUAUCCAACCCAUGAUAUCAUUGGAAAGAAUAGAUAAACUGCUAAAUAUAUUUUUUUAGACUUUCAGAUUUUUGUAGCAGUAUAUUUAUUGUCAGUCAAAUUCAGUGGAGAGGGGUUAGGACUUAAAAGGGGUACACAACAUCAGAUAAGAUUCUAAACUUUCGAUACCUAGUCUAUUGGUGAGUUACUUUUAGAUUAUGUAUGAUUUCGCAUUUCAGAUAUUUCUGAUGUAAAAUACCCACACAAGUCACACUUGUUUGAAAAAAAAAGAAAAAAAAAGAAAUUUAAAAAAAAAAAAUUUUGUCAGUUUAAAAUUACCUUUCUUUUAUAUAAAAAAUAAGAGCUGUUGGAAAUAGUGACUGAAAUUUUAUCAGUGAACGGAGCUUUGCUUGGAGAGUUUGUUUGUUAUAAAUAAAUAUAUAUAAAAGUUAAGGGCCUCUGAACAAUUAUUACAUGAGUGGGAGAAGGGACAAACAACAAAAAAAAAAUUAAUAAAAAACCAAGUCUGUAUGAAUAUCUGCCCAAAAGAGACCAUAUUGGUCAGGGUUGGCAGUUAAUUAGUAAUACAAUAAAGUCUGAAAGAAUUAAGUUUUACUGAUUCGAUUCCUUAAAGACUGGACUUGGUUUCCGUAUUUCUUAUCCUAGCCAAAAAUAUAUUGCAAAAAAUAAAUAAAACAAAACAAAUCUGAAACAAUUUGAACAUGGAACUUUAUAAAAAGAAUGUACAGAAUGAAUUAAAAAAAAGGGGGAAAAAAAAUAAUCUGAAUUGAGUUUUCAGAUUUGCAAAUGGAGUGAGGGGCAUGUUUUUUUUUUUUUAUCCUUUUCCAUAUUUCAGGGAUGCCUCCGGGUGAGACUUGCUCUAUUGUUAAAACAAUAAGGAUCUGUAAGAGAGAGAAUAAACCUAGUACCAAGAAGCUACCCAGUGAUAAAGAUUUGUGGUGAAAUUUUAAA